AUGGGAGCAAGCUAUUUAUUCUUCUCGCGAGCCUAUGGAAGAAAUGUCAGUCCAAGUUAUCAAGGGGAAAGUACGAGGACUAGCCUGUACAGAAAACGUUGAUCGGGCGUGGUGGAAGACCGGUAUGAUCCACACGGAUUGCCAUCAAGGUCUCUUCGCCGGGUCGCCCUGAACCAAGUUGCCAUUUUUUUGUUGACUGCCAUCAUUUGUGUUUCUUGUCAAGAGCCUCGUUAUCAAUCGUCGCAGCAAGCGGCGAUAUUGAGCGAUGCUCGAUAUCUCGCAGGCGAUGGCACAUUUGGUGCGGCCUACUCUCAAGAAGACGGCGUUGAAUUUAAAGAGGAAAGCGAUGUCGAAGGUAAUCGACGUGGAUCAUAUUCGUACGUCGAUCCAACCGGACAACGGCGCACCGUGACUUAUACGGCGGGAAAGAAUGGCUUCCAGGCGACCGGGGACCAUAUUCCCACCGCACCUCCGCAGGUAGCACCGCAACCGGAAUACGUACCGUUGUCGCAGUAUAAUCCGCCAGAUUAUCAACCCCCGAGUUACGCGCCAGCAGCUCCUCAGCAUCCUCAGUACCUACGACGCUACGAGCAGUAUGAACCGGCGGAUUACGAGCCGGAGCCUGUCGUUUAUCAGCCGCAGCCUCCGCCGCAGUAUCAGUAUCGGCAGCGGCCGCAACCCAGUUACCAUCAUCAUCCCUCGGAAUUACAAGACGUACCCACGUACGCGCCCCCGAGACCGCAGUAUCAGCCCCAGAUUCGUCCAGCGCCGCAUCAGUACAACGCGAUAACAACCCCGGCGCCUCGCAAUUUCUAUCCACCUGGGAAGCUCAGCUUCAACCGGACCCCCGACGGUUUCUCUUACACGUUCAGCAAAAGUUAAGUGGCGUGUAAAUUGUAAUAACAAUGGGAAAUGU